AUGGGGAUUUAUAGCUGCAACGCAGUUUUGAGCUUCGGCUUGAAAUUCCCAUUUGUUAUUGGAAGCCAUAAGCUAUACCGUCGCAUGUUUAGACAAAACCCAUUAGCUGUAGAAUCCGGUCACAAUAGGCGUUUUGGUUGCAAAUGUAGUGCGGGUAUGAUGAUUGGUAAGGUUAUAGAGAAGGAAGGAGUAGAGGAAGAUGAAAUCCCUAGGUUUAAUUGGGUUGAUGUUGAUCUGAAUCUGACCGAAGAACAAGAUGAGGCACUAACUCGGAUUCCUAUUAAGAUGUCCAAACGUUGUCAAGCGCUUAUGAGGCAGAUUGUUUACUUCUCCAGCGAAAAUGGUAGUUUUUGUGAUCUGUUGAGUGUUUGGGUUAGGAGAAUGAACCCCAUUAGAGCUGACUGGCUUUCUAUUCUUAAAGAGUUGAAGAAUCUUGAGUCUCCCUUUUAUAUCAAGGUGGCUGAAUUUUCUCUGCUUGAGGAUUCCUUUGAAGCGAAUGCCCGUGAUUAUACCAAGAUCAUCCAUUACUAUGGGAAGCUAAACCAAGUAGAAGACGCUGAAAGAACGCUUCUUGCCAUGAAAAAUCGAGGCUUUCUCAUUGAUCAAGUGACCCUAACAGCAAUGGUUCAGUUGUACAGCAAGGCAGGCUAUCACAAACUGGCUGAAGAAACUUUUGACGAGAUCAAAUUGCUUGGGGAACCACUAGACAAUCGAUCAUAUGGUUCAAUAAUUAUGGCUUACAUCAGAGCUGGCUCGCCCGCGAAAGGAGAGGCGUUACUCAGAGAAAUGGACUCCCAAGAAAUCUGUGCGGGAAGAGAGGUUUACAAGGCAUUGUUGAGAGCCUACUCAAUGGGUGGAGACACGGAAGGAGCCAAGCGAGUUUUUGAUGCAGUUCAAAUCGCAGGGAUUACUCCUGAUGUAAAGCUAUGUGGACUGCUCAUAAACGCAUACAGUGUCUCGGGUCAGAGCCAGAAUGCGCGUUUGGCGUUUGAGAAUAUGAGAAAAGCAGGUAUCAAAGCUACCGAUAAGUGUGUGGCUCUUGUAUUGGCUGCAUAUGAAAAGGAAGAAAAGCUAAACGAAGCAUUAGGGUUCUUGGUUGAGCUUGAGAAAGACUCUAUAAUGGUUGGGAAAGAAGCUUCCGCUGUGUUGGCUGGGUGGUUUAAAAAGCUUGGUGUUGUUGGACAAGUUGAAUUAGUUCUGAGGGAUUUUUCAUCUAGCGAGUCUCAAACCCUCUGA